AUCCUCUUCUUCCCUUUCUCCUCUACAUAACUUUUCGCACGGUGCAUAAUCCCAUCAAAGACCCGUCGUAGGGCAUCAUCACUCCUUCUCGUUGCUUCUCCCGAAACAUCACCUGGAGCCCUCCUCUUUGCGUUACUCUGUCGCCUCGUGCAAACUCCAUCGCCUUUGGUUAGCGCUGUUCAACCAGCCGAUGACGAAAGAAGUCCAGCGGAUCACCAUCACGAGGCCGCCGUUGCUACCACCCGCCAAUCACCCGGUCUCGGACUUGACCCUGCAUUUCUGAUCGCCCCCCCUACCGUUCGACGUGCCUGCAUCAAACUAAAUCCUCAGAUAGAGGCAUUUUUUAUUUCGCCUUCUAUCUGCUUCAUCAUCACCAUACCACGUUCCGGCACUCGACAGCUUCGAGUCUCGCUAGUAGAACCUUGACGGCUCCGGGCUGAGGUUACCCUGCGUCCCCCGAGCCGCCGGCGCCCGUACAGCGAGCUCCAACCUCGCUGCUUCCAGUGACGAUAGCUGCGACAGAACGAAAACAAUAGAGGAAACAAAGAAAAAGCCUCUCGGUCGAUAUUCUACACCCAGUACGCUGCUUGUCGGUUGCUUUGCGCGACUGGCUGCCACAGCCCGCAGCGCCCGCCUUUCGCUUCACUUGUCACAACCGCCAGCGUUGAUAAUGGAAGGGCAAGCCAUCGCCUACGAUUGAUCUAAUCUACCUUAUCUCUUCUUCCCCAUAGAAUCCCCCGCCUCCGCAUCGUUCAUCUCCCCUCACUUCCCCUACGAUGCAUCAACAAGCGAGGAUGACGCCGAGGAUUCCAUCGGCGGCGUCGUCGCCGACGACAAAUCAGACACGGCUACCCAACCUUCGCGAGCCAUCAGUAACAGCGCCUGCUCGCCCGCGGGCUGGCUCCAACGUAUCGAGCGGACAGCCCGUGUCCUCGCCGACGUUGGAAUCUCCGCAGACGACUGGCUUGCCUGUUGAGUCAGUACGCAAAUUAGACCAGAUUGUACAAAAUUUCCAUACAAAAGCAUCCGCCUUGAUCCUCGCCGCGCGAAUGAAGACGAGGCCAGCAAAAAAUGCCAACGGCACGCCAAAGAUUAAUAAAUGGUACCAAAUAGAAACCGAAGAAGUCGAUGACUUCCGAGACGAGCUGAAAUUAUGGAAAACAUGUGGCAGUAUAGAAAACACUCCCCCUCCCAUGUUCAUCGAGGUCUACCUGGAUACAUCUUCUUUAAAGGAAAGCCAGAGUUUAGUCGUUGUCGAUGAUGACGGCAAACGAUGGGAUGUGAUGGCUCAGCUGAACGCUGCACAGUCGCCGACGGAGAGCACAUCGGCGGCAACGGCAUCGCCGCGAGCUACUGAUGUCGUUUUGGAGCGAUGGCGAGUUGAGCUGCAAUUAAUCGGCAAUACCCCAAACGAUGACUUUGGUCCUAUAUUACCCACCAUAUACAAAAAGGCCAUCGUCUUCUUCCGUUCGUUGUUUGUCACCACAAAGCUUUUACCAGCUUGGAAAUUCACAAACCAAGGCAUGAAGGGAUGCCAUCCUGCGCUAAUUCCACGAUGCCGCAUCCUAUCUUCCGACCCUGAUGCUCUAGCCGCGGAUUUAUUAAAGACACCGAUUGACGGGCGGCCUGAUCCAGUCACGGAAUAUCUCUUUGGAGACCUCGAGGUUCCUGUUGGCCGCCUUGGUGCUUCCGUUACUUAUCGAAACGAGUGCAACUUUCGCAUAGAUGAUGCAGAAUCACUGUUAUCGUCUAGAUUUAUGGGUGUCGAUGAACACUUCUUCAAGCCUUCGAUGCCACAGAGAGCACCAUUACAACACCAGACGUCAGUGCCUGUCGGCUCCCUCCAAGAUACCCGGGCGCGGCGCAACUUUACAAACAUACAAACGUAUGGUAGCCUGUCCACCUUCCAUGGUGAUGUACCUCUAGGAACAAGCCCGAUUUCGGCGUUGAGGGCUGUCAAGCCAGCGGGCUCCGAUACAAGUUCGCCUCCGGCAUCUCUCCCUACGAACAACGACUUUGAAGCUCCUAAUUCUCUCCCUGUUAGCAGCCAAAUGUCAUCCGCACGUCCAGGAGGCCGUGGUACUGACAUGACUGCUCGCCGCCCGUCAAUCUCUUUCCAGCCAUUCAAAGCUGGGUCCCUAUCAGGUUCUCCUAUCCCUAGGCCAGCCGAGCUUGAUCCCAGCGCGACGUCAUCGUUAAACCGUCCGUCGCUGCCAAAUAUGCCUGCGAGACAGCGCACAUCACUGACGUCGGGUAUGCCAGCGUCUCUGCGUGGUGGACCACCUGGCCCUUCCGCCGAAUCUCCUCUUGUUGGAUCUCCUCGACCCUCAUCUGCCAGUCGGUACAGCAGCAGUUUUACCCAUAGAAGGGGUCGUCUAUCUAUAGGAGGGGGUCGCCCUGGCGAUGAAGAACAGAACAGCAGCGGCAAACAAAGCCUAGCCUCGUCAGUUGCACAACCCGGUUCCGGUUUGUUGGCAGAGCCGAUCGGCACCAGCGAUGAUUCCUUACCAGUUGAAUCAGACAAUAUCUCCGAGUUUCUCAAAGUGCUUGACAGCAAGAAGACUUUAAAAAGCUUUGAGCCAACAAAGAGAGGAGAAGCGGCGACAAACCGGACUGUCGCGCAGUUGUCCCGAUUCCACCUGAUGAAGGAGUCAAACAAUGCUCUAACAGACUCGAUGACAUCGUCAUUCCAAAUGCAGCGAUCUUCUAGUUCGUCAAGUCGUCAGCUAGCCAGUGUUCCUGGAAUGGUCGCUCCUGCUUCUAUGUCUGCAUCUUCGUCUCCUGGGAAGCCACUCUCACCACAUACGCCACAUACGCCCGCUAUUCCGUCGCGUCUAAGCGAGAACUCGAUUGUAGACAAUGGUAGCGACCAUGGCCGUACAACAUCUCGUAGUGCAAGGACUACGAUGUCGCCUGUUGCAGAACCGAGUCGGCAGAAUACUCUUACGCCAGACGGUGUGGCGGCUAUUGACAUCCCUCUCUCUCCCAGGCUAGGUUCCUACCAGCGACGUUCCAGCUCAGUGGCGCAGCAAACGCGCGCGGCACUCGAUGACGACGAGCCUGAUCUAGCAUUCGCCAACCGCAGCAUUAGCUUGGGUGCCGAUGAAAGAGACCCUCCAACGCUGAGUACCCUUCUUGGUCGCCAGUUGCGUCUGGAGGAGGAAUCUACCGUCCGGGAGGCUUCCGAUGAUCGUCGUGAACCAACCUCACAGAACACAGAGCGGGCGACCCCUAGAGCAUUGCGUCGCACUUCUGGUGAGGAUGCGCCUCCAGAAGGCUUCCUUUCUUCUACGCAAUCAAGUUCCCCAGUGCCUAGACGGCGAUAUGCUGGUUUUGCAUCCCAGAAUAGUGCUGGUCGGGGCCGCACACCCCCACAAUCCUCACGUGGUAGCUUCACUGGUUCCAGCAGUAGGCUUACUCGUGCUGACGAUGAGUCUAUUAAUGAGGAGCCACUCGUGUUUGAUUUGUCUGAGAUGGACGCGCAAGGCAGGCGCAGUUUGGAGGAAAGUCGAGGGGCUAGCGGCGGAAUCGCAGGCUCUGAUCGAAGCACCUUUGAGGUACGCGGUACCACACGUCGUGGAUGGUAACCGCAUGUGCAAGGAUGAAAUGUUUGAUGCAGUGACUGUGAUAAAUUGUGUAUUUUGUUUUGUUGUGUUGUACUCUUUGGUUGUUGGUUUGGUCCGGUUUACUGUAGAAUGACGUACAAAGCAUUGGCGUAGCGGGUGGCUUGGAGUUUACAUAACAUACUUGAGCAUAUAAAGUCAUAAUGUUUCUCACGAGAGAUGUAUUGGGCGUUUUUAUAUCAUAAUUUCGCAGCCAGUAUUAUGUUGUGUAAGUCUACGACUGAGCUUACUAGAUCUGGUGUAUUCGCAUAAAUCACGGCAGAAACUAUACACUAUACUUACAAGAAGCAAAUCUAUUCUCUCAUUACUAUCACCUGUAAUUUUAUUAUAUAUUUCAUUUUAUUUCAUUUUAUAGAAAAUAUUACGCAGAAUGAUGCUUGCAGGGUACGUCUGUUGAAAUCGGAAGAUGUUCGGCACUG